AUGGCCUCGACUCUCCUGAGCUUAUGGCUCAUUCUUCCACUCAACUCGACACUGUUCUCGCAGGAGCCAUGUUUGACCCAUAGUUUCUACGGAAACUACAAGCUCCAGGAUUCCACAGUCGCCUUAUUCCAAGCGUCGACCCCGGACUGCGUCGAAUACUCCCGCUCGUACCUCUCCCAAGAGCCAAAUGUCCUUUUGGAGAUUCAUCGAAAUGCCAGUCUGGUAUGGCUCGAGAAAGAACACGUCGACCCCUCGCUCCUUCAACAGGAAUCGUUCAUGUCGGAUGAUUUCUACCGAACUCUGACGAGGCUAGUCGGGGAGGACCAACCGUUAUAUGAACAGGAAGACCAGCAUACCUUCAACGCUAAGACAGAUAACGGCUUCCCGUACACUCUUUUCUCAUCCAAUGAUGCAACCAUGCUUGCCCUGCCUCGUCAUGCAGCAUUGCAAGUCGACACCAUCCUUCCCCGGUUCGUCAAGUCGACCCUCGUCCCCGACGCCCCCUUUACCUACCGUGAAGUGUCAAAUGACGACCUCAAAGUCGUCAGAGACGUCCUCGGAACUCUUCGAUUCAACCCCGAUAUCGCCUCUGUCGUAAACAACAUCUCCAUCCCACAAAUUCAACAAGACAUCCGUUUCCUUACUGGCGAGGACGGAAAGUCGGGGAUCGUAUCGAGGCAUUCGUUCUCAUCUGGAGCGCGCACCGCUGCUGCUUGGAUCAAAGCCCGUAUCGAAGAAACUGGUGCAACUUGUCGUUUAUCGACGUUCCUUACAGGGUUCGCUCCUAAUGUUAUCUGUCGGUAUUCUGCGAUCAAGAAGACGGACGAUACAGUUAUCAUCAGCGGACACUAUGACAGUCGCGGCUCGUUCGGAAGCGUCCGCGCUCCUGGUGCCGACGACGAUGGUUCGGGUACCACUGGUGUCUUAUCCAUCGCAAGGACGAUUGGGCGCAAGCGUCUCCGCUUCCACAAGAACGUCGAACUCGUCGCCUUCGCCGGGGAGGAGCAAGGUCUUUACGGUUCCCGUGCCUAUGCCCGUGAACUGCGGGCACAGAAUGCCAGCAUCGUGAUGAUGAUUCAAGCUGACAUGACUGCUUAUCGCGCAGCCCAAGAGCCUCUUCAGCUCGGUUUGCCGGAGCGUAUCGGUACUCCCGAGGUCACGCAAUUGGUGGCCAAUGUGUCGGCAUUCUACAGCCCUGAGCUUACCGUCGGGUAUUCCGGAGUUUGUUCAAUCUGA